UGGAGUAGGAAUCUCCUCACCUAUACUCUCGGCGCCAACAGAUCGGAGUAAAAUCUAUUUGGAUACUCUCGCUCGUUUCUCCACCAAUAGCAAUAGAUUUAUUGGCGCGUUGUGCCGAGUCGCUGCUAUCUGGUGGGAGGCACCAAUUCAGAAUGGAUUUCAAAGCGUGUAAAGGUGGCAGGCGGCUCAUCGCGGAAUCAUGCGUCUUUUCAACCCGGAACUUUUUGUCACAGUUUUACAAACACUCGUUGGAUUUUACGUUAACUUGUUUCAUUUGAAGAUAUCAUAAAUUAUUUCGUGUUUGAGUAUGAGGAUUCCCUGGCGAUCGAUAGGUCACUGGGUGCUGGUUCUUCUGGUCCUAGUGGCUCUUAUCCCCGCCCUCACUGAUGGCCGACGACGUCAUCAUCAUCGCAACAGACACGGCAACGUUCCCAAACUUCAGCUCAAUUCCACAUCAUCAUCCUCCUCGUCGUCAGCAGCGAAAUCGGGCAAAUCUGUCCUCCAGAAUUUCGGCGGCAGGAGGCACCGGUCGGUGAUCCGGGGCAGCCGGAACGCGGUGGUCAUCACGAAAAAGACCUACCUCCGGAAGGAGUGGUGCAAGACCCAACCGCUGAAGCAAGUGAUCAAGGAGAAGGGAUGUCUGCGCACGACUGUCCUCAACAACUUCUGCUACGGCCAAUGCAAUUCGUUCUUUAUUCCAAAGUCGGACAAAAAGGACGACAGGCCAGCGGCCUUCAUGUCGUGUGGAUUUUGCAAACCUCGACACUUCCGGUGGAUUUUGGUGACACUCAAGUGUCCGGGCAAGAAAGGAAUGCGGUUUAAACGGAAACGGGUUCAAGGUAUUAAGAAGUGCAGGUGCAUGGCUCAAAAUGUUGGAUAUCCUUAA